CCUUGCCUAGCUAGCUAACUUCCCUCAGAUCGGCUUUGGCCUGGCUACGGCACGGAGUCCUUUUUGCUUGUCCCUGUUUUUCUGUACCUGUCGGUUAUCCUGCCAAGUCUUGUACUACUUAUUGAAUAUAUCUACUGCUCGUGCCCUGGAGUUCAAGAACCUUGUCUAGGAUUUCAUCCCACCACAAUAACUACCUGUUUUAUACCUGUUUUAUGGGCUUUUGAGUGUAAUACGAUUCAUGUGAUUGUAAGUUAACUAACAUGUAUGACUGUGGCAAUUACACUCUAAUGACAUAACAGCAGGAUCCUUGACUUCUGUUUUGAUACAUUUACACUGUCCUCUAUAAAUUUCCUUGUAACUACAGUAGAUGGAAACUUCAUGCAAUUUACAUAAAUUCCUGGAAGACUUGUCGUCCUGAUUUCCCAUCUGUACGUGUCACGUUGACCUAUUCUCGUCAUGAGUGCUCAUAGUCAAUUUGAACAAAAACACAGCAAGAACUAUGAAUAUUUCUCAGGUUUUGUGCCCAGUGUACAAAUGUCUCGCUUAUAGGUUCCACACGUCAACCAGCAUGACGCCUGCAGAGAUCCACCAACUGGGCCUGGACGAGGUGACACGCAUCAGGGGUGAGAUGGCCAAGAUCGUUUCAGAGUUGGGCUACAACAUGUCAGUGUCAGAGUUCUCAGAGAUGGUAAGGAAAGACGCCCAGUUUCUCUAUGACAACCCUGAGGCUUUGUUUAAAGAUUUUGAGGACCUCGUGUACAACGUCAUCCCCCUCAAACUUCCUGAAGUCUUCCUGAAUAUUCCUAAAGCGAAGUUGAAGAUGGAGCGUUUGUCCUCACCUCAUAGCACCACAGCUUUUUACUCUGUUGGAGCUUACGACGGGUCUCGCCCCGGCGUCUACUUCGUCAAUACUUUCCACUGUGACAGUCAACCGAAGUACGAGAUGAUGACCUUAUCCCUGCACGAGGGAAAUCCAGGUCAUCACCUGCAGGGAUCACACAGCAUGGAGUCUCCUAAAAUCCCCUUCUUCAGGAGAGUAAUGGAGGACCGUAACUACUGGCAGGCACCUUCCAGGUUCCCCAUAAAUACAGCAUACUUGGAGGGCUGGGGUCUAUACGCAGAGAAUCUUGGUUUUGAUAUGGACCUUUUCAAGAAUCCCCUGGACAGGUGUGGCCACUAUUCUUUUGAGAUGUACCGAGCAUGUCGCCUGGUGGUGGACACGGGUCUGCACGCCUUUAGCUGGACCCGCCAAGAGGCCGGCGACUACAUGAUCCACAACACCGCCUUGGCCAGUGUUAAUGUAGAGAACGAGGUGGACCGGUACAUCACUUGGCCAGGUCAGGCGCUGGCCUACAAGAUGGGUCAGCUCAAGCUGACGGAGUUAAGGCAGAAGGCCGCCAGUAAACUUGGCUGCAAGUUUGACAUUAAAAUGUUCCAUGAAGUUGUGUUGGACUCUGUGGGACCUCUGGACCUAGUGGAGGACGAGGUCAUUGCCUGGAUUGAUGCUGGUGGGAAGUGAUAAAACAGACCAACGAUGUCCAGAAACGCUUGAAGUGGCAGGUGUAAUAA